GAAUGGGGAGGAGAUUGGCCAGUGAAAGCUGUCUGUGGAUUUACCAGGUCCCUGGCCAACGGGCGAGAUGCCCUGUCUCCAUUGUCUGAAACCUGUCGCCAGGGUGUAAUCGAGAGACGCAACGCCCCUGUGUUUGCUAGGAAACAGCAAGUAACAACUUAAGGCUGUGAGUGUGUGUUUGUGUGUUCGAGAGAGGGACCGCUCCUCGGCUGCCUCUAACUUCAACACCAUCACAUCAUUAGCAGACCACAAAGUCUAUCCUCUGCAAGUUACAUUCCAGGAACAUCAGCUGUCCAGAAAGUUAUCUCUUCUCCCCUUCUUGACAAUUUCGUUUGCUACAAAUCAAAAAAAAAUUGUUGCACCGAGACAGGAGGCUUUUUUUUAUUGAUGGCGUCUCAGCAAUCUCGGAUUCAAACCUACCUGGAGAAAAACAAGAUCGGUUCUCUGUUCGAGGAAAUGAUGACAAAACUGAUAACGGAGACGCCAGACCAUCCAAUUCCAUUUUUAAUAAGCCACUUACAAAACAAGCAAGGAAGUUGCAGCCAGCUCCAAAGAACACUGUCAGGCUCAGCUGCACUGUGGGCUGAAACAGAAAACAAAGGGUCACGACGAGAUUGUAGAAGUUACGAUAAGCCGUGGCUCACAAAUGCCAAAAAACCAAAGAAGUCUAAGAGCGACCUUGCUGUCUCCAACAUAUCACCACCAACACCAGAAUCAAAGUCCUUGCCAAGGUCAAUAGAACAGGUUACAUGGGAGUGGCGAACAAAACCUGAAAGUCAGAACUUCGAUGAAUUGAAUCACAUCCUUCAGGAAAGCAAGAAAUUAGGCAAGGCCCUGGAGACCCUGUCUCGGAGUAUUGCGACUGAUGAAUUUGAUCAGGAUCUACGGGCUUAUAGCUCAUCACUUGUCAGACCUAAAGUGGUUGGAGAGUGGGUUGGUCGUGAGGAAACUGAUGCCGAUCCAUUGGCUGCCGAGAUGUUGCAACCUCCAGUACCCAGAAUUCAAGAUGCAAAUGAAGACAGCCCGAUCCCAGUCAGCCCUAGACUUGAGCAGAAGAGUAAAGGCUUGAGACAACAACAGCAGCAGCACAAGAAACUCCUCGCUGCAAUGCUGUCCCAGGAACCCUUUGAUUUUGUGCACAGCACAGUGCCAUCUGUGGCAGAUGAAGACAUUGAGGAUGAGGACGAUGCCAUGGAAUUGCUGGAAGACCUGGAUGACUUGAGGAUGGAGGGCAUCACUGACCAUGUGCCUUCAGGUAGCAGGUUUAGCCAAGGUCGAAGUUUGUAUUCUGCAGAACCUCAAGCUAAAGUUAUACUCAAUAUCUGCUCAAGGUGUGCCAGAUUCCAGGGAAAUAGUUUAAAUGAAGAAUCUGACAAUGGAUCACAAGUAUCACACCCCCAUGAGCAAGCAGUUCCUGAGUCCCGCGCAGUGUGCUGCAACAGAUCCACAACAGACGCUACCUCCCUGACCCUACAGUCAUCCCUGGAACAUCCGGAUCACACAGAUACCUAUGUCAGGCUCCAACUUAUUGACUACAGUUCUGCCUUCAACACCAUAAAUCCAAACAAAUCCAUCUUCAAACUCUGGGACCGAAACCUCUGCUCGCCCCACUGUAACUGGAUCCUUGACUUCCUGACCCACAGAUCGCAGUCACGGCGGCCGUUCUGGGAAACAUGUCUGCCUCCUAACCAAAGUGGAGAAUCUUUGAGUCAGAAACAGCCAAAAGAUUUCAUGGCCUCAAAAGAACAGUCAGCAGUGGAGAAACGUCUCACUAAACCUGACAAGGAUCUUGCUGCAAAGACAUUAGCAACGGAUUCUGAAAUGCAAAGCGGUUUGGAUAUGCAAAAUAAGUUACCCAUGUCAAAUUACCGUGGAGAUCUUUCCCAAGCUCUGGGUCAAAAUUCAAGACCUCAGACACCGCCAAGUCUUUUUGGGAAAGAGAUUCCACCUUGGAGCCAAAGAGGUAAAUUAUCACUGAGCUUCAGUCAUCAGAACAGGAGAGAGGAGUUCCCCAGCAACCAGUAUAACAGGCCUCAAACACCAUUAACUCAAGGAAGCCGACCUGCAACUCCUAACAGUCAAUUACUUCAAACUGCACCUUCUAACAACCCUGGCAAUAAAGUAGAAAUCUUCAACAAUUCAAAUAGGAUGGCUUUGCCGAUCAGUCAUGCUGGAAGACAACAUUGUUCUCCAGCUAAACAGGCUGGCAAAAAUGCUGACAAUCCUUUGCAACGGAGCCAUUUGUCUGAGCUGUUAGUUACACACCAACCAUGGACUGUACCAAGUGACACUGAGAGUGAAGGUGUGGAUUUAGGUCAGGACAAAGGUUUAUAACCUAAAGCAGAGACAUCCAAGAUAGACUCAACACCUGAUUAUGCAAUUGGAGACAAAGGGAUGAUUUUAAUAGCUUCUGUACACUGAAUUAAAGCUACAGAAUUUUUAUAUUUUUGUAAUCACAGCCACUGAUAUUGAGAAAUUGCAUAAUAAAUAUAAUAGAAUAUUACUUUGCACUUAUUAUGACCUGUUGCGGUAAAUCAUUCAAUCAAAUAAUACAGUCUAAAAUUGUGUUAGAAAGGCCAUGUAUCUACUUUGGGGAAAUUUGAACAUUUAGUUUGGGUGGCACAGUGGUUAGCACUGCUGCUCUGAAGCAGCGAUAUGGGUUCAAUUCCAGCGAUAGAUAAAUGUCUGUGUGGAGUUUACACAUUCUCUCUGUGUCCUCCACAGUCCAAAGAUAUGCCAGUUAAGUGAAUUGCCGAUGCGAAAUGCAGAGUUACGGCGAGAGGGUAGGAGUCUGGCUAUCUGGGAUGCAGUGCAAUGGGAGGGUGCAGACUCAAUGGGCUGAGUGGCAUCUUACUGAACUGUAGCGACUCUAUGAGGUUUCAAUGCAUUUUGUCACAAAUAUUAAUUGUACAAUCACACAUAUAUUUUAAAAUUUUGUGCAAAUGAAUAUCAGUAUCAAACUGAUAUAUCUUUGUCAAGUGUAGUGGAAGAUCCUUGCUUUCAGGAGUUUACAGAAAUGUUCAAGCAACAGAUCUAUCUGCAAAUUAGAACUUACUGCAGCUAAAAUGAUGUGUUGGGAUCUUGUUUGACUAUAAUUGGAAGUAUACAUUGGAAAGU